AUGGGUGAUAGGAGAAAAUUGCAGGGUGAAAUUGAGCGUUGUUUAAAAAAAGUAGCCGAAGGUGUCGAAACAUUUGAAGAUAUAUGGCAAAAGGUACACACAGCACCUAAUCAUAAUCAAAAGGAUAAAUAUGAACAAGAGUUAAAAAAAGAAAUUAAAAAAUUACAACGAUUACGCGAUCAAAUAAAAGCAUGGAUAUCAUCAACAGAAAUCAAAGACAAAAAGUCUUUACAGGAAGCAAGAAAAAAUAUCGAACAACAAAUGGAAAGGUUUAAAAUAGUUGAAAGAGAAACAAAAACAAAAGCAUAUAGUAAAGAAGGUUUAGGGGCUGGACAAAAGCUUGAUCCACAAGAAAAAGAAAAAGAAGAAUGUAAUCAAUGGAUUGCGGAGGCAAUUCAAGAACUACAGAUUCAAGUUGAUAAAUUCGAAUCGGAUAUUGAAACAUUAUCGGCAUGUUUGAAAAAGAAAAAAUCCGAUAAAGAUAAACAAGAACGUCUAGAAGAAACAAAACACUCAUUAGAACGUCAUAAAUUUCAUAUUGAGUCAUUGGAAAAAAUUCUUCGUGCAAUUAAUAAUGAUGCAUUAGAUUUAAAAGCUAUACAUAAUUUACGAGCGGAUAUUGAAUACUAUGUUGAGUCUAAUCAAGAUUCAGAUUUUAAAGAAAAUGAAUUAAUGUAUGAAGAAAUAGAUAUGGAUAAUCUAACAACAUUAUUGGCACCAGUGAUAGCUGUACCGACACCAUCUCAUCCUUCGUCGUUAUUAAAUGGCAGUAGUAGUUUAAAUUCAAAUAGUGCAUCAAGUCAUAUAGAUAUUUGUUCAUCGUCAAUCAAUAUCAAUUCAUCAUCGAAUCAUUCAUUGGAUCGUACAACUGGAGCUUAUUCAAUUCUCGGUGAUAAUGAAUCCAUGAUGGGUCUUACGACACCAUUAUCAACCCAAGCGAGUUCGCCAAGUGCAAGCCCAGCUCUAUCCUUAACAGAUGAUCGUAAACGCAAUAAAUCUGAAUCAGAAGAUAAUCAAUCUCAACGAAAUAGAUCGAAUUCAGGAGCAACUAGCUCACCAUCAAUACAUGCACCUUCACCAAAAACUUUCUCUCAACUUCAACAACAAUCACCCAGUGCAUUAUCAUCAAUAACUAAAACAAUAUUACCAUUAGUUCCAUCGUCAGCGCCAGUACUUUCAACAAGUGCACCACCACAUUUCGCGUAUCCUGGAACACCACCAGCAACAACACCGACAACAUUACCUGUUCUUCAAUAUGCAGCUAUUGUUUCACAAAAUACUGUACCAUCAACUUCAACAACAACGACUAGUAGUAAUUCAACAAUAUCUAAACAAAAUGUACUUUCUCCACAAACAAAAUUACAAUCCAGACAAAUUCUAAAUGGAACCGGAUCACUAGCGAAUACAAAUGAUUCAAUAGUAACGACAGCAUCAACUCUACCUAUAUCAUCCGUAACAACAACAGUUACAAGUUCAUCCAAUAGUUCUCAUCCACCUUCAUUAUUAUCAACAAAUAAUGAUCGAGCAGGAUUAUUAUCGCAACAUAUUCUCAAUAAUAUAUCUCAAAUAAGUUCGCCGUCGUCGUCAUCAACAACAAUUCCAUCCUCAUUAUAUUCAGGUACAGGGUCCAAUCUAUCCAAUUGCAACAUUCCUCUAGAAUCGUCAUCAUUAAAUUCAAUGGAUUCAGCUAUUGUAUCUCAACAAUCAUCGUUAAUGAAUCGUACAAUGUCUGAAAAUGAUCGUUCAACAACAUCAGGAAUAAUAAGUAAUGGUUCUUCAGAUGGACAUUCCUUAUUAGAUAAUGCGUUUUCAAAUAUUCCAGCAUCAUCAGCAUUUCUAUCGAAUAAUAAUAAUAAUAAUAAUAAUAAUAAUAAUACGCACAUGGGAGAUCUUCCAUCAUCGAAUGGAAGUAUUAUGAAUCAAUUAACAAGUGGUAUACAACUAAAUCCUGAACAUCAUUCACUUCGUUAUAUGUUAUCAUCGAAUAUUAUUCAUCAACAAAACGUACCAACAGGUCGUGUAUCAUUGACACCGGCAGAAAUGCGUAUGCUCAAUAGAUUAAAUUCAGCGUAUGCUAAACUACCAUCGUUACUUGAAUCAGAACGACAAAGAACAAAUUCGAAUCGCAUCUAUGGUCGAGGUCUACUUGGCCAAUCACAAAUGAUAUCAUAUUAUCCGCAAACACCACCAACGGGUAGUGAUACUCCAGAAUUUUAUUAUCGACUUGCACCCGAUACAUUAUUCUUUGUAUUUUAUUACAUGGAGGGUACGCGUGCGCAAUAUCUAGCAGCUAAAGCAUUAAAACGUCAAUCGUGGCGUUUUCAUACGAAACAUAUGAUGUGGUUUCAACGACAUGAAGAACCAAAAACAAUAACGGACGAUUAUGAACAAGGUACAUAUAUAUUUUUUGAUUAUGAACGAUGGCAAACUCGUAAACGUGACAAUUUUAUAUUUGAAUACAAAUUUUUGGAAGAUCGAGAAUUUUGA